CUCGAUUCUAGAAUCCAGCGGCGAGGCAGGGGAAGAGAGGGAACGGGAGAGAGAAGGGGAGGAAGAGGAGGAGGAGCGGCGGUCAUAAUCUUCUUCCUCGUAGAUGGUAUCCACAACCCCCAACUUCCCCCAAGAGGGUCUCAUUGUUUCCAUAGGCGGAAUUUGGAGAUUCCUUAGCUUUUGCAACGGCUGGUGGCGAGCAUUAUUAGGGUUUUGGGGAAUGGUGGAGGGAAUCAAAAUCCCCUUGCUUUUAUAUUAUUCCGCGUCAACUAAGAAAUAAUAGUUCCUAGUACUAGAUUGCUAUUGCUCACCUACCUCCCCCAACUCCAACUACUGCUGUACAGUACCAUUUGGAGGGAGAAAGACACGAUUUUUCAGAUCGAUCCUUCUUGAGAAAGAGGGGAAGAGAGAAAGUAGAAUGACGAAGGGCAUAGCUGAAGUGGGUAUUGAAGAAUUAGCUAAAGCCGGUGGUUUAAGCUCAGAAGAGGCCACGGGAAUCCAUAAAGUCAUCCGACAAGCCAUAGCAGUAGUGGAAGCGAAAGGUUCUGACCCAAGAGAGGUAUGGUAGGAAGUGGUGUCCAGAAAAGUGUUAAAGCCAUGGCACCCACAUUCGCUGCUUCAGCUGGUCUACUACUCUGUGUAUUCCAAUUGGGAUUCUUCCACCAAUGGCCCUCCCCUUUACUGGUUCCCUUCCCUGUAAUGUUUUCUUUCACUCUCUGUUAUCCGCAUUCACUUCCUUUUAUUGAUGAGUGACAUGAGUCUAUUUUCUUGUUGCUUAGAGAAGUCUAAUUACUGUAUGAAUUAGUAUAAUUGUUCUUUGGAAGUCGAACUAUGCAAAGGUCUAUUAAAUCAAAAGAUGUUUGGCAGCAAAGAAUGAUAUCUUGGCAUUGUCACUGUAUGAGUCAGUUUUAUUAUCUCUCUUUUUAAAUGAUUAAAAUCUGCUCCUUGUACAGAUAUCAAUCUAAACUUACAAACAUAGGACAUGUAAUGGAGACUUAUGUUCCAAAGUUAUUAGGGACUUCCAAGGCCCCAGUUACAAGUCUUAACCUUUUCAGGAAAUUCUCUGUUGAACAUUCUGAGGCUUAUUGGUUAGUUAUUCUAAAAGAAUGCUAUCAAUUGUGUUUCGGGAAGCUCCAAAAUGCAUUCUAGAUACAUUAGACAAGUCAAAACCUGGGGGUAGAUGGCUUCCAGGUUCACUUUUGAAUAUUACUGAACGUUGUUUAUUACCCUCAAGCCAUCCAAAAAAAGAGGAUGAUAGUUGUGCUGUUGUAUGGAGAGAUGAAGGGUGUGAUGACUCAGAAGUAAGCCAUAUGACAUUAAAAGAACUUUGCGAACAAGUAAUGGAGAUAAUCGUGUCUCUUCCUCUGUUCCUGACAUUAAACUCAGAAGUGAGCC